AUGGAUGUGCCGAUCGCUGUUGGCGUGGGGCUCGUCGCGAGUUUCGUGCAGAGCCUCGGCCUAACAAUACAGCGUCGAUCACACGUGCACAACGAGGCCCUACCGUCGUCGGAGCGACGUUCCGAAUGGCAGCGCCCGCUCUGGAUCGCGGGCUUUGUAGUGUUCCUUGCGGCGAACAUCAGUGGCACCAUCUUCCAGAUCGGGACGCUCCCUGUCGUGAUUCUCGCGCCGCUCGGUGCCGUGAGUCUUUUAUACAAUGCCUUGCUUGCACGUGUGCUGCUAAACGAUUUCAUGUCGCAGCACAUGGUCCUGGGCUCGUCGAUGAUUGCUGUCGGAGCGGUGAUGAUUGGAUACUUUGGCAACGUCCCGGAGCAGUCACACUCGCUUGCAGAUUUACUUGCACUGUACAAGCGGCCGCCUUUUGUCGCAUUUGCGAUGCUCUACACGCUCGUGUUUGUAUCGAUGCUUACAAUGGCGCACCUCACCGAAUGGCAGCUUUUGUGGCAGCCGACGCAGCCUGCACGAAAAACUCGUGUCCCGCCCAAGUACCGAUGGCGCAACUAUACACAGCAUUUGUGGUCAUCACCGUCGCUCGCGCCUGUUGAGGAAGUGAGCGAGAACAGCUCGGGGGUCAUGUCCCCGGUGCUCGAUGAGGAACGUGCGCGGCUCGUCGAUUCCCUCACGCUCGAUACAGAAGUGGCAAAGCGUGCGCAUGGGACGCUUGCAUGUCCAUCCACGUCCAAGUAUGGGAGUAUUCCGCUCGCGCGUGCGCCGCAGCCAGCGCCAGAGGAGCGGAUUUGUGCGCUGGAGCUGCCUGUGAAUCGGCCUACUGUGCUUGCACUUGCAGUCGCAUACAGUGCUACGAGCGGCUCGUUGAGCGGUAUGUGCCUCUUGUUGGCCAAGAGCGGUGUCGGUCUUCUUGUCCUGACUAUGCAAGGCGAUAACCAGUUCAACAAUCCCAUGAGCUGGAUCCUGAUUGCUGUGCUGGCAAUUGCUGCAUUCCUGCAGCUCUGGUACCUGAAUAGGAGCUUGCGGCUUGCCGAUCCAGUCCUGGUGUGUCCACUCGCGUUCUGCUUCUAUAAUAUUUCUUCGAUCACGCUCGGCCUCGUGUAUUUCGACGAAUUUUCAUUCCUGGGCUGGCUCGAUAUCGCAUUUGUCACGCUAGGAACUGCGCUGCUGCUCUGGGGCGUAUGGGUCAUCUCGCUGCAGCACACGGAGCAGGAGGCGGCGCCAGAGGAGGUGGACGCGCUUGCAGAAUCGCCCGUACAGAUAUGCUGGGGCCCGGGAUGGCGGGACCACGAGACACAGGUAAGCGAUGACGCACUGGAGCGUGGCGCUGCAAGUGCGCCGCUUGCAGGGCCACUGUUUGUCGCUGCUGCUGAACAGCAGACAGCAGAGCCGCGUCGCGUGCCGAAGGUGCUGCCACGCCGCUCAAUAUCGAUGCCUCACCCAAGCUCAUCCUUCCGUGGAACGAUUUCGCUGGACCAUGCGAUGAACGAAGGGUUACAUUACACUGGCCGUGCACACAUGACACCACAACGACACCCCACUUUGUAUGGGAUCCUGGUAGAGCGUGGAUUAAGUGUUGGUCUUAGUCCAAGUUCGCCCGGAUUCCAUGUGAUGCCCUCCAAACGUACAAACACGUCGCGAUGUGCGAGCGCCCAAUACCCACGAAACGAACAGCAACGUCACGAAACAUAG